AUGGCUGGUAACAUUGGUAAUAACAACCACAGGGCGUGUGCAUAUUUGCAAUGCGAAAACGACGACGCCUGCGUGCACCGGAAAUUUCGAUGCAAGGAUCCUCCGUGUCCCAGUAUGCUUUAUUGCGCGAAAUCCCGAACAGAGUCGUUGAGAGGACCUUCCACGUGCGACAGUGUACGCUGCAGCCGUGGAUAUGUGUGCAUGCUGAAGGUUCGACGGUGUCGUUGGGACGAGAAAUGCAAGCAACAGAUAGCAAGAUGCGUGCCCCGGAAGGAGUACCACGAGGGUCCAGCGUCCUGUGCCGGCUUCGAGUGUCCCCAAGGGAGCCACUGCAUUCUUCGAGAGUCGUUUUGCGCUACUCCACCCUGCAAACUGCUCAGAAGCUGCGCCAAGAACAAAGAAGUGCACGUCUGGUUUGGCACAUGUCGACGCUUGACCUGCCAGUCGGAAUUCGAGUGCUUCUUACGGAGACCGGAGAACGACUGCUCGAAGUUAAACACGUCCUGCAGACACGUGCCGGACUGUGUAUCGACAGAAGACGAGACAACGAACGAGCACUGUCGCGGUUGGAUAUGCCCACGAAUGCAGAAAUGUUCGGUAAAAUUGAUGGAACCCUGCGAUACGAACGACUGUAAAAUUCGGAGAACUUGCGACAUGGAAUUGCAAAAUUAUUCUUCGCCAUUUUCAAAGAUAUCCCUGAACGAUGGGGACCAACGUACAGUGCUUCCUGAAAUAGACUCCAAGCAAUUUCAAGAUUGGCUUCGUUCCAUCAAGGAUGGUCUCGGUUCUAGCGCGUACUCCGCAUGGAUCGAGGAAAUCCUGGCUUCGACGUCGCUGGGCGAAGAACUUCGAAAAUGGCUGCGUGCAUCGGUCGAUCCUCGAUCCCUCCACAUCGGUAAUAUCGACAGAGAACGCGAGAAACCGAUAAAUCCAGGACUCGAACGACCACAGAACGAUGUAACGCGCAGUCGAACGGAAAAUCGAUUCCCCGUUUACGAUAAGUUGAAACCUGUCUAUAAGGAGGAAAUGCUACCUCGCCAAUUACCAACGAUCACGAAUACCAAUGGUCGAUCGUAUUAUAUGGUUCCUGUGGAAAACGUGGAGGAGUCAGGCAACUCUCAGCCCAUCGAUCACGACUUUGAUCGUGGAAUAAUUUCUGACGACAACGAAGCAUCGAAGGGGCAGAAAAGUAAUUUCUUUCUCAUUGUUCCAGAGACGUUCGCGAACCUGUCGUUCGAUAAAGACGAAUCACCGUCACUGUGGAUCGGAAUGGACGAAACUUUGAAUGGAAAAUCUCUUCAAAAUGAAAGACAAUUCGUCGAGUAUGGUGUCACUGAAAAUAAAACAUCGUCGGAUGUGACGCGGUAUUCCAACGACGUUCCCGAGGAUUUUAUAGAGAAGUUGAUUAAAAAUUUGCCAUUUUCUUCGUUGGAGAACAUUAAAAAGGCACUGGACGACAAAUUUGCUCAGCAAAAUCAUCAACACAAUUCGAACGAAAACUACGAUUCGAGCACCGCGACUGACACACGCGACUACGAAGAUCUAUUCACGAUCAAGAACUCCACAGACACAUUAGACAACGUUUCCUCUUAUACGAUAAACGUCACAAAUAAUUUCGAACCAAAAAUCAUCGACACCGAUAAAUCAGACGAAGACGACGAUACAGUGGACUUGAAUCUUUUCUUCGAACUGAACAAGGAGAUCCUUUUAGCAGACAUACAAAGAUUAAUGGAAGCUAUGGAUCAAGACGAGGAUCCUUCGAACGAUUCUGAACCGAAUACGGAUGAAAGUUUGAUAAAACACGCAUUCAUGAAGGCUCACGAGCUUCAAGGAGUUGAAAAUACCCCUCACGAGUCAAAAACUUCGACGAUAGAAUCGAAGAAUAUUUCCUCUAAUGAUGAUAGCCCCUAUAACACGGAUCGAAAUCGAAACAAACAAAUUUCAUCUAUUAUAGAUCCUCAACAGGAAAAGGAUCCAGGGACGCACGGAUUGAUUUACGGAGACAAGGACGCUAAAUCUGAGACCUUUUAUGAUAUACCCAGUUACGGUCUUGGCGACGAUGUCGAAGAUUACGUGAACGAAGACGAUGGAAUAAGUCGCGUUGAAGGGAAUGAGAAACAAAGUCGCGACGAUUGGGGAUCCACGAUCGAUCGUUAA